AUGACGGUCAUCAAGAGCUACGGGGAUCCUUCUUUGUUUAUGCACUACAACAAACAACAGGCUUGUUAUGGAUUACCAGGAUUUUCAGGGCUACUGGUUCAGUACGGCGCGGGUAUCGGGGGUAUUUUCAGAGCGCUAUUUAGAAAAGCCGUGCCUUUUCUGAAACGCGGGUUUGAAAUAGCUAAGCCGCACAUGGCAUCGGAGGCUAAAAACAUCGCCAAAGAAGUGUUCUACGUCACAGGCAACGGAGAAGAUUAUUUAGAUUUAAACAACACGCUGCUCUAUUUGACCUGUAAAAUAACGGAAGCAGACGGUCGGGACAUUGAUGCAGCAGCCUGUGUGAGUCUGGUGAAUAACCCCAUCGCAGACAUCUUCAGCCAGGUUGACAUCACCGUAGGAGACCAAUUAAUCAGCCAGAGCAACAACUGCUAUCCUUACAGAGCCUUUAUACAGUCUGUCCUGAACUACAGUGAAGAGACGCUGAAGACACAGUAUUCAACAGGGCUCUUUUACAAAGACACAGCUGGGCAACACGAGUCCACAAUUUUGGAUGGUCCCAAUCAGGGGUUCCGAAAAAGAGCAUCAUACACGACGCAAAGCCGAAAACUCGAGCUCCUGGGUCACAUUCAUGCAGACCUGUUUUUCCGGGAUAAACUACUACUGAAUGGCGUAGACCUGAAAAUAAAACUCACGCGCAACAGAGAUGCUUUCUGCUUAAUGAACAAUGUCGGAGAACACAAACUGAGUUUACCCAAAGUUUUGGGGUUUGUGGACAACGCGGCAUUCAGCGGCAGUUUUACACAAAACCCCUUCAAUUUUAAACACUACAACGUUAACUUUCUGGCUCUCUACGCGGACAGUGAACAAAUCCCCACUAAACCGCUUCAACCAGACCUCCAGAAUGGACAUUGCAUCCGUGAAUAUUUUAAUCUGGUGGAAACAUCCGGGAAGCGUCUGAAAGACAAACCACUUCUGGUGGACCGCAAGGUAUGCACGCGGAUACACAUUUUCGCUUUCAACCUCAGCCCCGACGAUAAGUGCACAGGGCAUUAUUCACUUAUCAAAACGGGUAAUCUGAGAGCUGAAAUACGCUUCGCGCUACCGCUACCCACUACAGUUAACAUGGUUGUGUACGCGCUGUUAGACAACGUGAUAGAGCUGGAUAUGAGACGUCAAGUCAUUUACUACUUCAGCUAA